CCCUGAUGGUCUCCCUGCUUCAAACUGUCUUUAACUGACCUCCUUACUUGCAUCCUGGACCAUGGGAUAACGAGCACUCCGCAGUGGCGUUCUUUACUGUUUCCCAGCGGCGUCGUUGCGAUCACAUGUCCCCCAGGCAUGAUAGGCAUUGGUUAACUGGUUUGGGCUCUUGCUAUUGGUUGGCGCCGUGCAUUAGCUUGUUUUUUUGGCGCAAUUGCGCAAUUUUUAAACGGACUUGCGCCAAAAAUAAAAUUACCAGGGACCAAAACCCCGCGAAAUAAAUAAGAAAUGGCGGAGCUACUCACACUCACACCGAGCAACCUGGAGAGACUGAGUCUCACUAAAACAAGAUUACAAUGGAGGCACACUUACCCAUAAUGAUGAUGUGGCAGAAUGAGGAAACACAACCUCAGUCCUUAAUCACAAAACGUCGUCAGCCAAGAGUGUUCAGAGAGCGUGUGGCACUCAGUUCUUUUUCUGAAAUGGAGAUAAGACAGCAGUUUAGAUUAAGUCGACAAGCAAUUGAAGAACUCUACAGCAAAAUCCAACCUAGUUUGGAAAGAAAGACAAAACGUAGUCAAGCCAUUCCUGGAAUGACAAAGUUAAUAGCUGUGCUGCAUUAUCUCGCAUCGGGCUCCUUCCAAUAUUGUGUAGCUUCCAAAUUUGGAAUAAGUCAGUCAGCUUUCUCAAGGAUUGUUCACGAAGUGGUUGAAGCCCUUUACAAUGUUGUAAAUGAUUAUAUAAAAUUUCCGCUAACCAGUUUGGAACAGAGGCAAAUGAUGGCAAAAUUUUAUGCAAAGGCUGGAUUCCCAAACAUUCUUGGCCUUAUCGAUUGCACACAUGUGGCAUUGAUUCCUCCGGCCCAAUUUGAGGCAAUUUACCGCAAUCGUAAACUUUUCCACUCCCUCAAUGUCCAAAUUGUGUGUGGGCCCAAUUUUGAAAUUCUGGAUGUAGUGGCAUCAUACCCAGGCUCAAACCAUGAUUCCUAUAUUUUACAACAGAGCUUGUUAGGAAACAUGUUUGCAAAUGGUUCCUUUGGAGAUGGCUUGCUUCUAGGUGACAAUGGGUAUAGUUUGCAGUCUUGGCUGAUGACCCCAUACUUAAAUCCUUCAACAGCUGCAGAGAAAAAGUACAAUAGGGCACAUGUUAAAACACGAACCCAGGUCGAGAGGCUUUUUGGCAUACUAAAAAGCCGUUUCCGGUGCCUGGAUAUCACUGGUGGUGCCCUACUCUACAAGCCAGAAUUUGUGGGUAAACUUGUUAUUGCAUGCUGUAUUCUACAUAAUAUUGCAAAUACUCAUCAAAUUCCUAUUGAAAUAGCAUCAGAUUUACGCGAACAUAUAGCAUGUCAAGGGGAAUAUAGACAAGAAGGCACGCAUGAAGGUCGGGCAAGACAGCAGGAAAUUACACAUCGGUUCUUUAGAAACUAAUUUUUGCAAAAUUCUUUUGGAAAUGUGUUAGAGCCUUUUACAUAUUUAAUUUUACAGUAGUGUCUUUCAGAUUAAAUGUUACCUUGGAAACUCAGUUGGCCAGAUUAAAUGUUGUA